CAGACUUAUCUAAGGUCGAACUAUUUAAAUCAUUACCCGACGUAAAGCCAUACGAAAAUCUUUUAUCAUUUAUAAAAGUAAACAAUUCCGAAGCUAAUUUAGCAAUAAAAUAUAAACAACUAGAAGGAAUAGUUAAUGAGACUAAACCAUUCCGUGUACAAUUUUAUCUUGAUGUAAGACGUAAUAAUAUCGUUUUAGAGACAUUCAUCACAGACCGAAGGAGAAAUGAAAAUUUUUUACAAGAAAUUGAGCCAUUAAAGCUGAUUGUAAUUUUUCUAAGAAAACCUGGUCAAAGUCAGAAUCUCAUAAAAAGACAGCAGAUAGUUCCAAAGAUAUUACUUGGAGAAAAUAUAUAUGAUCAAAAUACAAACAAGGAAUGUACAAUAGGUUUUUUCGCAAAAAAUAAAACAAAUCCAAAUCUAACUUACAUAGUCACUGCAGGACAUUUCACUGAUCCGGGCAAUCAAAUUUCUUAUGACGAAAAAGUAAUUGGUAGUACGGAUUUUGCCGAACUAUACCCAUUCGAUUUUGGAAUUUUUAUAAGAACUUUGUUCUUGGUGGAAGACAUGUUAACUCAGCCGGGUGAUAGUGGUGCGCCCAUCUUUUUUUAUUCAUCGGAUUUGCGCACGGUGAGUCUAGCUGGCAUACUCAUUGGAAGUCAUAACUAUACUGGAAGAUACAAAUUAUAUGGUGUAUCAGUAUCAGAAAUUCUUAAACGUGGUAAUAUAGAUCUUAUAACUUUUACUGAUAAUUAA